UUCCGUGCCACUGCUCGUAUUUCCGGGUUGUGCCGGGUUUUUUGUGCGAAAGUGCUCAGCGGUGCGGGAACUGUGGAAACUUGCAUCAGCCAGGAGGAACAGCCGGCCGGUCUGUCCGUUGUUUGGAGACGAGAAAACCCAACAAUAUGGACAAAACCUGCGAAGACUACAGGAUAUUUAAACUUUAAACAGCAGCAGCAGCAGCAGCAGCAGCGCCCUCCUCCUCCUCUUCCUCCUGCAUGUUGCUGAGCUUUGUUAUUCUAACUUCAUAAAGGCAGUUUAACUCUCAGGGACACUGUGUUCGUGCAGCAGGACAUCAUCCACUUACAUCAAGCUGCAUCUGUGUGAAUGAGCAAAGUGCAAGGUCCCCUCAGAGCACAGAUAUGAACUGUGAGCAGCUCUAGCUCCUGUCUUUACCUCUCCAGCUAACUUAUAUGUACCUUUUUACACCUUUGUUUUUUAUAAGCUAGUUUUACUUUUGCACCGAACAUGUCGUGCCUUUUGCUGGGAGUUAUACGAAGGCAGGGUGGCGUUGGGGCAAGUGUUGGGGUUCGGUCCCUGGCCUCCAUCCCUUCGUUGCCCCCAGCGGUUGCAGAGUUUGUCAAGGGAGCAGUAGACGAGUGCAAGCCCAGCGGUGUGCAUGUGGUGACGGGGACGCCAGAGGAAACGGCCAACAUCCUAGCAGGCUUGGAGAAGGACGGGAUGGUCAAGAAGCUUCCUAAAUAUGAGAACUGUUGGCUCGCACGUACAGACCCGAAGGACGUGGCUCGGGUGGAGAGCAAGACUGUGAUUGUGACCAAGAACCAGAGGGACACCAUUCCCAUCCCUGCUGGAGGCGUAAAGAGCCAGUUGGGCAGCUGGAUGAGUGAGUCAGACUGGCAGAAAGCCAGAGAGGAGCGCUUUCCUGGCUGCAUGGCAGGUCGGACCAUGUAUGUGAUUCCCUUUAGUAUGGGUCCAGUGGGCUCAACUCUGUCCAAAUAUGGUGUCCAGGUGACCGACUCACCGUACGUUGUGGCCAGCAUGGGCAUCAUGACACGAAUGGGCACGCCUGUCCUGAAGAAACUGGCUGAAGGAGUGGAGUUUGUCCGCUGUCAGCACUCUUUGGGACGACCUCUACCACUCAGAGCCCCUCUGGUCAACUCAUGGCCCUGUAACCCAGAUAAGGUGCUGAUAUCUCACCUGCCUGACUCCAGGAAGAUCAUGUCCUUUGGCAGUGGCUAUGGGGGAAACUCUCUGUUGGGGAAAAAGUGCUUCGCCCUCCGUAUCGCCUCCCGCAUUGCCAAGGACGAGGGCUGGCUGGCCGAGCACAUGCUGAUCCUGGGUAUCACCAACCCUCAGGGAGUGAAGCGUUAUGUCGCGGCAGCAUUCCCCAGUGCCUGUGGUAAAACCAACUUGGCCAUGAUGAAACCAGCUCUGCCGGGCUGGAAGGUGGAGUGUGUAGGAGACGACAUUGCGUGGAUGAAGUUCGACAGCCAAGGUAAACUGAGAGCCAUCAACCCAGAGAACGGUUUCUUCGGGGUGGCUCCCGGUACUUCAGACAAGACCAACCCCUAUGCCAUGGCCACCAUCGCUAGAAACACCAUGUUCACCAAUGUUGGCGAGACCAGUGAUGGAGGCGUGUGGUGGGAGGGUCUUGACCCCCCUGCAGCUGGCAUCACACUCACAGACUGGCACGGCAAAACCUGGAAGCAAGGAAGCUCAACUCUAUGCGCCCACCCCAACUCCCGCUUCUGUGCGCCGGCAGCUCAGUGUCCCAUCAUUGACCCCCAGUGGGAGAGUGAGGAGGGCGUUCCCAUUGACGCCAUCAUCUUCGGUGGCAGGAGGCCAGAAGGAGUUCCUCUGGUCUACGAGUCUUUCAACUGGAAACAUGGAGUGUUUGUUGGAGCCGCAAUGAGGUCUGAGGCCACGGCAGCUGCUGAGCAUAAAGGCAAGGUGAUUAUGCACGACCCCUUUGCCAUGCGGCCGUUCUUCGGCUACAACUUUGGCGACUACCUCGCUCACUGGCUGAGCAUGGAGAGCCGUAAGGCCCCCACUCAUCUGCCCAAAAUCUUCCACGUCAACUGGUUCAGGAAGGACCCUGCGUCUGGCGCCUUCCUCUGGCCCGGCUUCGGCGAAAACGCCCGCGUACUAGAGUGGAUCUUCAAGCGCUGCGGCCGGGAGAGGGAGGACGAGGGUGCCAAGAAGAGCAUUGUCGGCUGGCUGCCAGAAGAUGGCGCCAUUGAUACUAAAGGUCUCGGCAGCAAGGUAGACAUGGGUGCUCUGUUUGAUGUGCCCAAGCCUUUCUGGCAGAAUGAGACCAAGGAGUUGAGAGCAUACUUUAGCCAGCAAGUUGGAGCUGACCUGCCGGCUCAGGUGGAUGCCGAGCUGAAGGCACUGGAGGACAGGGUGCACAAUUAAAACCCUACUGACCCCAGAAACAGAGAGGGAGUCACUGAUGACAGGAUUCAGAUCAUUAGGGUGCAAUCAGAACCACUGGCUGGGUUUACAUACAAAGAGAAUUAAGUUCUGAAUGGGUUAGCUAAAAAAUCCCCACUAUCAAACUUUCUCUAUGCAUGAAAACUCAACCAGUGACUCCUUCCUUUCUCUUUUAUGAAGAGAAUUCAGUUCAGAAUGAAAUGUCAGAGUUGGUAUGAGAGGAGAAGCUAAUAAUCUACAAUACAACGUCUACCUUUCUGUCACUACUUCAUACUAAUGCUGCAACACUGAGGGACUGGUGCUGGGUUGUAGGCAGGAGGGAGGUUUGACUCUCAAAGUGAAGGUUAGAUUUCUGUGAAAUUAUCAAAUGUGUCAUGUAGAGACACUACUGUCACUCGUCUCUUCAGUCACAAGAUGGUGCUGUAGCACAAUCAGCAUGGCCUAGCAGUGCCAGACAUUUAACAAUACAGUGUCCAGGCUGCUAAUGUUUACAGGCUGAAACCCAAAGAUAUUUUUUUGGCAAAAAUCUGACAUGCUUUUUAACAUUUUUACUCAUUAAAAGGUUUUAAGUCAAUUUUAGCACCAGCUCUUCUAAUACACUAUUGACCGAGUCUCAUGAAAUGUUCUUUAUUUUUAAAUUGAGCUUUAUAUCCAAAAAAGAAAAAAAAAAACAUCCAUCAGAGAUCCAUUAACUACUCAAUACAUUGUAGCAGGUCUCCAGUGAGACCCAGGAUCACUAUGCAUAAUUCAUUUUGCCACUUUUGUAAUGUUUGUGAUUAAACUGUAUGAUUUCAGGUGAUGUUUACACACAAUAUGUGAAAUUUUGGACCAAUAAAUGCGACUGAGAUUAUUAGGUAUUUUUAGAAGUUGUAUGCAAAGGUUUUUAUUACAGUGCAAUGAAUAAAUAACUUCAAAUGCA